AAUUUUAUUUCCGAUAAUCAUUCUUAAAAAAAUAAAUCCACAACUAUACUUCAUUUGCUGGUCCACAAAGAAAUAAGCUGAAACUGACCACCAUUAUUUUUUCUCUCUCUUCCCUUCUCAAACACAAACACUUGUAUAGCAGAAUCCUCUCACAACACUCAACCAAACCAACAAUAUCCAAAACAAAACUACAUUGUUUUCCAUCAAAUCCCAACAUUUUUUUAUUUUUUUUUAAUAUUCUUCAACCCUUUUAUUCAUACUAUCUAAACAAAUACAAGUAAAUACAUAAAAUAAAAAAUAUUAUUUAUAGCCUCGCAAAAUUUCUCUGGCCAAAAACAUCCACCACCAAAAAUGUCAGCUUCUCUCUCCGUGCGGCCCACUAGCCCCGGAUUUCAUCGCACCACGGCCCAGCCCAGUUGGCCCAGACGUUGUUGGGCCGUCUCUAUACCCUCCCGUCGGACCUUAGCACCGGGCACCACCUUGGUUCGGGCCGGUUCUCGGGCCGAUGAUUCAGCCCCGUUUGGGAUGUCUGUGGAGAACGCUUUGAAGCUUCUGGGUGUUUCGGAAGGAGCUUCCUUUGAUGAUAUUUUGCGUGCCAAAAAUUCAAUCAUUGCUUCUUGUAAAGAUGACCCUCAAACUGUUGCUCAGGUAGAAGCUGCAUAUGAUAUGUUGCUCAUGCAGAGCUUAACACAGCGCCGAGCUGGAAAAGUUGUUAACAACAGUGUUCGCUUUGCUGAUGUUAAACCUGUUAACUCUCCUAGUAUGGGGACGAUGCCUCAGUGGCUGCAAUCAUCAAUGAAAGGUUCUUCUGUUACGGUUGAAACACCUGCUGCAUCAGACCUGGGACUACAGGCUGGUGUUUAUGGCGCAAUGAUGGUUUUGACCUAUAUCAAUGGAACGGCAUCAUCUGCUGGAGCUGUGGCUGGGGCAGAUGUUCCGGGGUUUAUCCUAGCUACCAGUUUUGGAGCAUCCCUAUAUUUCAUGACGAAAAAGAAUGUGAAGUUAGGUAAAGCAACUCUGAUAACCGCGGGUGGUCUUGUUGCUGGUGCAGUUGUUGGUUCAGCUGUUGAAAAUUGGCUGCAGGUAGAUAUUGUUCCGUUUCUAGGUCUGCACUCUCCUGCUGCAGUAAUCAGUGAAUUUAUCAUCCUCUCCCAGUUUUUGGUCUCUCUAUAUCUUAGGUAGGCUCUAACAAAGUUGUAAUUAUUCCUUGCAGUUUAUAAUUACAGACUCCUAGUUUUUACUUUUUGCUCGAACAUAUCCUUGCAUUUUUAGGAUGUGUAGCUCAUGUUAUGUACAAAGGAAAUGUAGCAGAAAUUCUUAUUAUUUAUAGUAAAUACUAUGGAUUUCUUACUUAUUACAUA